AUGAGUGCCAACUUCCAGAGGCUCCAGGCGCUCCAUCGUGCCCGCCGGGACAAGGUGAACUCCAGGUCAUCAGUCGUGGACAAGGCUGAAGCAGACUUUCAGGAGCGCGUCGCUCAAACGCAAUUCUGGUUCGGCGAGGCCCGGCAGGAACUAAAGAACGCCCAGGAUCAGCUGGACGAGCACAAGCGAGAGCUCCUCCUGAAGCAAGCUGAUAUCGAGAAGACCCAGGAGGCGGCGAAGAAACAGGCCGACCAGGACGAAGCUGAUCGGCGGCAGGUCUUGUUGGACACCCAGGAGGAAGACCUCGUUGCUCGUCAGCAGGCGCUUGCCGCCACGCUUCGCGGAAAGGACGAGGAGGUCGAGAGGGUGGAGAAGCUGGAGCUGGAGCGGGAGCAGCUGAAGAAGGAGAUUUUAACGCUGACAGAGUUCGGGGACAUGGCUAACCGCACUCUAGCGGAUUUGCAGGUCGCCGUCUUCGACAAGACCAAGCUGCUCCCCAAGGCUGACAAAACCAUCGGUGAUCUGAAGCUGAAGUUGGACACCUUGGAGGGGACUCUUUCAGAGGGCAAGGCUCGUGAGGAUACCCUGACAAAGGCCCUUGAGGACGAGAGGCAGCUGAAGAAGGAUGACGCCACUGCCCACAAGGACUAUGUGGCCAGCGUAAAUCUCUGGAUCAGUCGCCUCAUCGACAUUGCAGAGAGGCUCACCACGCAGCUUUCCAUCAUGGGCAUGCCGAACUUCAGGUACUCCCAGGAGGCGGACAUGAACCCCAAUGCAAGGCUGACCUUGUUCUUCGAGGGCAUCUUCGAAGCCCUGGAGCAGCUCCGCUAG